UUGAAACUUUGGGUGGCGAAAAUUUAUCCCUUCGUCAAAGAUUGCGUGGGGAAUAGUGAUUUGGUCGAAAAAGAACAAACAAACUGCAAAAGAAACCAACCACCGUAAGAGAUUAAGAGAGAAAAAGGUUAUGUAGGCAUGGUGAUGGUGUCACUGUGACGCUUGAGGAGGUAAACACUGAACGUAGCAUGGGUGUCAGACCUGAAUUAUCGCCGUCGUUAGUGAAUUCCGUCAGAGUCACCGCCGUGGCCGAGCGAUUGGCCUCUCACGUUUUCCAUCCUGGUAGCACAUCUAGCAUCAUGGAGUUCUUCCAUCUCUGCCUCUCUCUUGCCCGGGGUAUUGAUUAUUCUGUUGCGCACAAUGAGAUUCCUGUCAAAGCUCAAGAGUUACCUAAAUUGUUGAAACAGGUAUGCCAAUGGAGGAAUGAUCUCGUACUGCAAGGUGCUAUUAUGGUGCUUAUGAUCUCUGUUAAGAAUGCUUGUAAGAUUGGCUGGUUUUCAGAUAUGGAGAGUCAAGAGCUUCUUACUCUUGCUGAUGAGGUAGGGAGUGGCUUCUCCAAAAGUAAAGAUAUUAAAGCUGGACCAAGCAAUUUGUCUUCCACUAUCUCAACAAUUAUGAACAUGUUUUAUCCAAAAAUGAAGAUGGGGCCGAUACUGGCUUCUCUUGAGGUUAAGCCUGGAUAUGGGGCAUACAUGAUCGAUUUUGCAAUCUCAAAGAACACUGUACAUUCUCCUCCAGAAAUACGGUUAUUUGUAGCACGAACAGAUGAUAUACAGACUUCUGCUUGUAUCAUAAGUCCCCAAGAAGCAAACUUUCUUUUGAAUGGAAAGGGAGUUGAUAGAAGAACUAAUGUUUUGAUGGAUCCAGGACCACAGUUGCCAACAAAUGUGACUGCAAUGCUUAAAUAUGGAACAAAUCUUCUUCAAGCAGUGGGUCAGUUCAAUGGUCAUUAUGUUGUAGUUGUUUCUUUUAUGAGUAUGGAGCCAUCGCUUGACUCUUCCUCGGUACAAGAUUAUGUUCAGUCUGAUAUGGCUGUACAAGAUUCAGAUUCUGACAUAAUUGAGGGGCCAUCAAGAGUUUCACUUAAUUGUCCGAUAAGUUAUACACGUAUCAGAACUCCUGUUAAAGGAAAAUCAUGUAAACAUCUUCAGUGUUUUGAUUUUAGUAAUUUUGUUGAUAUAAAUUCGAGAAGACCAUCCUGGCGCUGUCCACACUGCAAUCAGCAUGUUUGCUACACUGAUAUUCGUGUUGAUCAAAAUAUGGUUCAGGUUCUGAGAGAAGUAGGAAAAAAUGUUGCUGAUGUGAUUAUCUCCGCAGAUGGAUCAUGGAAAGCUAUCCUGGAAAGUGAUGACAACAUGAUCCAGGCACAUGAUAAGAUCCUUAGUGGUGAAAACCAAGGAUCAGAGCAGCAAGAGCCUCCUGGCACCUUGAAUUCUAGUCCUGCUGUUUUAGAUCUCACAAAGGAUGAUGAUGAGACAGAUGCAGUGAUCUUUGGUGAAAUUGAAGACAGGAAACCUGUCCUCACUGAUUUACAAAGUCAACCUGUUCCUACAAAUAUAACUAGGCCAUCAGAGUUGAUCAAUACUGUUGGAGUCAAUAAUAAUGUCGUCUCUCAAAUAGAGGAUGACUUCUGGGCCGGACUUUUAUUUCCAUAUGGGUCUGCAAACUCAAGUGGUGGUGGCAUUUCUGGGUCUGCUUCUGCCAAUUUUUUGUCAUCUCCUCUGUUAGCUGAUGCCAUUUCUCCUGCAGUAACUGAUGUCAUUUCUCAUGCACUUGAUCGGGAAGCAGAGGCUCUUAUCUAUCCAAAUCUUACAACUCCUGUGCUGCAAAGCCAAUAUGCUGCACCAAAUGAUAUGCAGUUACUACACUCACCAUUUGUGAACAACCAUGAAUAUGGGAGGGUGUCACUAAACAGAAAUAUAAACCGGACUCCAAUAGCAGUUCAGGCUCUCCCAGCAGCCCAGACACCAACUCCGCAACAAAGAUCAGGAGCUAAUUUUAAUUUUGUUACCCCUAAUGGAUCUUCCCCUGCUUCUCAGACCACCCUGUCUGUUGGAAAUGUUUGUAAUAGUUCGUUGCUUGCUUCUCAGACUGCCCUUUCUGUUGGAAAUGGUUACAGUGAUAUGGAGCUGCAGCAACAGUUCUCUCGAUCCCCAAUAAAUGCAUUUUUAGGGGCAGAUAUAGCUUCAUCUUCAUUGCAGCAUCAGUCUGCUGCACAGGUUGUUGGCCUUCCAGCUUCAAGCAUAUUUCCUGGUGCUAACCGAUCAUCUUCUGGGCUUUCAACCGAAAAUCAGAGUUUACGCCAGCAGCAAACUCCAAACAUUAGGUUGCCGCAAUCCAGGAGCCAAUCCCCAAGGAUGAUCCAGUCACCAUCUCUCUCAAGAACUCCAACUCAACAAGGGAGUGUACCAGUUGGGGUUGCCCAUAUAGGAGGUACUGGGAGCACCCAACGGUCCAGGGGUAUGGUUUCUACUCCUGUCACUGGUAGAAUUUCAAACCAGAUGGCUAGACAGCCACCAACUGUGCCAGUUCAAGUUCAAUCAUCCAGAACAGGGCCUCCAUACCAAGCAAACACGGAGGGUGCUAAGCCAUCAGCAGGGGAGCAAAGAGCGAACAUUGAGUUGCCAUCAGAGCAAAAUUGGCAGCCCACAGGUCGAAUGCGAGGAAGCCUUUCUGGUCGGGCAUAUUCUGCUGCUCUUAGAGAGUUCAUGAUUCAGCCAACCCAGCCAACUCAACUAGCGAGGCCAUUUUCCAAUCCAACUUCCCUCGCUACUGCUGCGCCACACCUGCAAGGGUCUUCCCUUUCCACUGCUGUGCCACACCUGCAAGGCCCUUCCCUGUCUACUGCUGCGCCACACCUGCAAGGGUCUUCCCUUUCCACUGCUGUGCCACACCUGCAAGGCCCUUCCCUGUCUACUGCUGCGCCACACCUGCAAGGGUCUUCCCUGUCCACUGCUCCGCCGCACCUGCAGGGGUAUCUCUCGAAUAGUCGGAGAGCCCAUAUUCCACAAAUGCAAAGUAAUUCAAUUACCGAACCUGAUCUGGGGAUGAAUUGAUGUAUCUAGCCAGUCGUGGUAAAGGGUUGAUAUCAGGAGGCUGUAUAUAUGUACAGGGUAUGGCCAUUUUUGUUUUACGUGGUUACUGUAAAAGUUAUUAACUAGUUUGUGACUGCUUUUAAUUUACUUGUUAUGUUUAUUAACGGUCUAUAUUCUGAUAUAACAUAUGAGGGUUAAUCUAAUUUGUUAA